AUGUGGUUGUGGCUUUCGGCCCUUUCGGCCGGCCUCUACGGCACAGCCGCGACAAGCGAGUCGCAAUGCGGAGCGAGCCAAGACCCCUCCUGCGCAGCCCCCGGAUUUACUGUACAGAUGACUCCCGGACAGGAAAAGAGGAACGACAAGAGGUACAACUGUACAGAGAUAUACGUAAAGGUUUUUCUCGCUGGAAAUAGAAAUGUCCCGCAAGAUGGCAAAUGCACUGGCUUGUUUCCUCCUAAAGUGAAAGAACCUGCGCAGCAUUGCAUGCCAGCAUGGUUUCAAAGCGAUGAAGAGGCCGCAGGUUGGUUUCGACCGAAAGAGGCAAACUUCCUCAAGAUCAGCGAACAUAACAUCCUGUACAGCUUCGGUUCCGGAAACAUUCGACCGAAUGGACUGGCGUACGAAGUUCCCGGCAGAGGAUUCGCUAAUGCCAAGAAGAUGGCAAGCUUGGCAAAGACAAAAUCCGGAGGAGACUUGAAGCCCUACAUCGACGCCCUGGUUCUACCUACGCUGGAUGGGUCGUACCGGCUGCAACGAAGCCGCUAUCAUGUCAAGGUGGCACGGAAUGUUCUCUGGAAGCAGUACUAUCAGGCCAUGAUCAGCUUUACCAGGUACAUGGUCUUCCUCGUCGAUCAGUUCUGGCUCGAGAGCAAGAAUUGCCAGCAAGAGCUUGAAUGGGCGCUGACGUAUUUCGGAUGGACCGGGCCAAAGUUUCUGGCGGUUAUCUUCAUUGGCAAGGAUGAAGGCACCAGAUGGAUCUGGAGACGCGCGCUGAGCCAAAAUGAUUGUUUCGAGAAGGCGGAGGCUGGCGGGGUUUUCACCCCAUGCCGGAUUCAGCAUACCUUGAGAUGCACCUUCACGGGCAAGAGACAGGACGUGAGCCUUUCAUUUUGGUCCCAGAGGAGCUACGAUGACGUGCGUGUGAGAUAUAUUCAACCCGACCGCCUUCCCCUCGGACCCAAAACGGGAGACUGUGACCGCGUGAAGGCAAGGAAUACGCCCGCAAAGAGUAAACCCGCUGCGCAUUGGCUCGAUGUGCUUCAAAAGGACUACAAGUCGAAGGCAGGGAAAGAUUAUGAACUGAAGAGGCAAGCGCUCUUCGUGACCGGUGCCGGGGCCACGCUUGCGGCUGGGGCCUUCUGGAAUCGUGCUCAAGAGCAUUACGAGGCCCCCUCACCACCGCCAGACGAGGAGGAGGAGGAGGAGGAGGAGUCUAAGAUUUUCUCCAUGAAGGCUGCCAAGAAAGACCCCAAGAAGGACAAGACCAGUCCCAGCAGCUGUCUGUUCUGGUUGAACAGCUUGCCAUUCGGGAAGCGGAAAGGAGGCACAAAGGACAAAGGACGAACCCCAGGUCCCUCCACAGGCAAGAAGCUAAAGCCAACGGACAGAACGAAGCAGAAAAUGGCUGCAGGAUACUUGGCGAAGAGUGCGGUCAAUGUGCUCCAGAAAGAAUGGGUCGAGCGAUUCAUCACCAACAUGUCCUUUGACGUCUGCCAGAAGAGGUUCAGCUUCCUGAAUCCGUGGGGGGAGGAUUGUCUAGAGCUUCCGAGUGCCAAAGUCUACAACUACUCCUGUGGCUUCGCCGGACGCUACUGUGCGAAGGAUGUGUGGGGCUGUCGAGCGAAGCACGGCAUGAAUCUGAUCGCCAUUGCCGGCGUUAUUCCAGCUUUCGGCCCAGCCUUCAAGGCUGGAAGAUUCGCUUUCAAGGUCGGACGCAAAGCUGCCAUGCUGGCUUUCCGGACGGCGGUGAAAAAGGCGGCCAGGUCCAUCGUGGGCCAAGUCAAAACUCUGGCCAUUCCAUUCAUGAAGGAUGCUUUCAAGGAGAAGGCUCAGGAAAUUGUCAUGGAGACGACCAUAGACGCACUUCUGAUGGGCGGGGCAACGUCGGUGGCUGCGAAGGCGGAGGCGAAGCGGAAUGAAGCCUUCGAGUGGAUCAAGGAUGCUGUGCAGCUCCUGGAUCCCAUCGGAGCUUGGGAUCUCUGGGACGAGCUCAAAGAGGAGAACUGCGCAACUUUGACAUUUCCGGACAUGCCUGGUGGGGAACUCCAGGAUGAGGAGUGCUACGACUGCGCCGAUGAGCAGGUUGUGAGCGGCCCCCUCAGGUCUGAGUACGACGGCCAGUGUUUGGACUACCACAUGGGAACUGGUAAUGUCUUUGUCUCGAGCUGCCACGGCAAGGCGAACCAGGAGUGGUACUUCGAUGGGAUGACCCUGAAGUCCAAGUUUGACGACAAGUGCCUGGACUACAACCAAGUCGGUAGCGCGGGCUCGGUGUACAUGUACGACUGCCAUGGGGGAGACCACCAACACUGGCGCUUCGACGGCAAGACCCUCAGAACCCUCUAUGCCGACAACUGCGUGGACCACAACUUUGAAUCCCACGACGCAUAUCUGCAUGAGCGCUGCCACGGAGAGAAGCAACAGCAAUGGACGUGGCAACCCAGGGUGUCGAGUGGCCCACUGAAACUAGGCGGCCAGCGCAACGUGCAGAUGUGGGACUGCCAUGAUAUCAAAGAUGCAACUUAUCAGGACUGGUACUUCGAUGGCCAGUUGCUGAAGUCUAAGUAUGACCACACUUGCCUCGACUUCAACUUCGGCACCGGGAACGUCUACAUGCUGCCUUGCCACGGCGAGGACAACCAGAAAUGGCACUUCGACGAGCAAGCCUUGAAGACACUGCAGCUUGGAUCCCAUGACACGGUUGUUGUUUUGAUUUGA